CCCCGCUGACCGGGAAGAUAAGGUGGCGCGCUGCCUCCCUUAUAAAAUUUCCCCCCUUACUACCCCAAACUUUCCAGGAGCUCUUGGCACUAGACACUCAGGCGACAUAUCCCAUCAGACCAAACCUGUGCCUUAGUUUCGUCUGUCUCGUUAGAGCUGUGAUGGCCAAUCUGUCUUCCGUCUGGGCUGGUCCAGGAAUCCUACCUCCUCCUCCAGGCGUUACGCCCAACUUUAUUAACCCGCCAAGCCAGCUCCAGUCCAAUAUCGCCCUCCAUACAGUCUGUCUCACUCUGGUUACAGCCGCUGUCUGGAUGCGCAUGUACACGCGCCUGUUUGUCACCAACGCCAAGUUGGGCAUCGAUGAUAUUUUCUGUCUUCUAUCCUAUGCUUUAACCGUAGCGUUCUCCGGACUGUUGAUCAAGUGCUACACACUCGGCAUUGGUCGUCAUAUGUGGGAUGUGGAGUUGAGGUCGUUAAUUCCUGCGCUCAGGAUUUUCACCUUCUCGCAAUACAUCUUCCUGCUUCUGUCCCUCUUCAUCCGGCUCACCUUUCUUUUCUUCUACUAUCGCCUCUUCUCGGCCGCGUCCACACGCUACAGGCACACGCUCCAUGCCCUCAUAGCUUUUGUCGUGGCCUUGAACCUCAGCAUCUUCUUCGCCACAUUGUUCAACUGCAAUCCGCGGGAACGCAACUGGGAUUCUACCGUCCCCGGCGAAUGCCUUCCAACCAGCAUUCUUCCCUGGUUCUCGGGUGCAUCCGCCUCCCUGACUGACAUUAUCGUCCUCGCCUUCCCUCUCCCCAUUUUCUGGACGAUGAACUUAGCUUUCAACAAGAAAAUGAGGGUUAUUGCCGUCUUCAGCAUUGGUAUCUUUGUCUGUGCUACUAGCUUGGCUAGACUAGGAACGACCCAGAUCCUUUGGCACGACCCCGACCGGAGUUGGAACAUUUCCACAAUUGCUAUUUGGGCAACCCUCGAAGUAAACGUCGGCAUCAUUUGCUCCUGCAUGCUAUUACUGCCCGCCUUCCUCCAGCGCCACCUGCCCAAGUCACUCAAGCUGUCUCUGUCACGCCUCUGGGACUACAUAAUCAACGCCAUCGGUGGCGGCUCCAAGAAGAGCCACUCCUCGCCAGGGCCAAAGGAACGACACAAUGGAACUUGGCCCGCCCACGUCAACUCGUCACAGGUGACCGAACACCAUCCCUUUACCCAGAUAAAGCCUACCAUCAGCGAGCAGUCUGUGCGAGCGCACAGCGCACAGGGCCCAACUGAAGGAUUUCCUGUCCCGGGUACAGCCGUGCUAAAUCACUCGUUCCAGUUUAGCUUUGAAGAGAAUGGCGGGUCCGAUAGACAUGAACUGCCAGGGAAGCCGUGGGCGAUGCAGAACUAGACGGUUGACAUGUAUGUGAGCUGAGUGACUGGA